AUUUAGAACUGAAAGAUUUGAUUCUGUUGGGAAGUGAACGAGACUUUCUAUCAUUCUGUUUUUAAGAUCAUAACUAAUCCCAAUUCAAAUGUCAGAAAAAAUAGAAAGAAAGAAAAAGAAAAAACUGAAUUUUUCAAUUAAGUUGCAAACCAUCUCGAAGCUUCACUAUAAGUAGAGUACCAUAAGGUCCAUCUCCUAAUCCAUUUUUGGUUGUUUCCACUGGAAAACCAACUAAAAUGGCGACUUCAUCCACUCUCAUGGUUUCAAUUUUGUCUGUGUUCUUUAUUUUCACAGCCAAUGCAAGAGUUUUCCCCGGAAGAACUCUCCUUGAUGACCCUCCAGCCAUUAACAACUUCACUUUUGUCUGUGAUCCCUCUAGAUAUGGCAAUCUUGGCUUAGACCUUUCUUCAUUUCGCUUCUGUGAUUCAUCUCUCUCUUUCCCUGAGAGAGCUAAGGAUCUUGUAGAUAGAAUGACAUUGUCUGAGAAAGUUGCUCAGCUCGGACACAGCGCUGCUGGAGUAGACCACCUCGGCUUGCCACCAUACAAUUGGUGGUCUGAGGCUCUCCAUGGUGUCUCCAAUGUCGGUCCUGGUACCCGGUUUGACAAUGUUGUGCCAGGCGCCACAAGCUUCCCCAAUGUCAUUACCACUGCGGCUUCUUUCAAUGAAGAUCUUUGGAAAACAAUUGGGCAGGUAAAGUUAGAGCUUUCAACCUUUAGAGAAGGUUAAGGAUGGCUUGAUUGAAAUUUUGGAUAUGUUGUGUUUUGUUUUGAUUAGGCGGUUUCAACUGAAGGAAGGGCAAUGUACAAUCUAGGGAGAGCUGGAUUGACAUACUGGAGUCCAAACAUCAAUGUGGUUCGAGACCCGAGAUGGGGACGAAUCCUGGAAACCCCCGGUGAGGAUCCUUUUGUCGUCGGCAAAUACGGUAAGAACUAUGUUAGAGGUCUCCAGGAUGUGGAAGGAACUGAAAAUGCCACAGAUUUAAACUCCAGACCUCUCAAAGUUUCUUCCUGUUGCAAGCACUAUGCUGCUUAUGAUGUUGACAAUUGGCUCGGUGUUGAUCGUUACCACUUUGAUGCUAGGGUAAGAAAAAAACUUGUUAUAAAUCAAUAGAGAUAUGGAACAGAGUUAAAUGAUGAUUAUCUACCUUUGAUAUGAAUGUCAACAUUAAUUUUUAAAUGAUGAUUAUCUACGUUGUUGGUUAGGUGACUGAACAAGAUAUGUUGGAGACAUUCCUUAAGCCAUUUGAGAUGUGUGUUAAGGAAGGAGAUGUUAGCAGUGUGAUGUGCUCUUACAACAGAGUUAAUGGGAUUCCAACUUGCGCUGAUCCAGUUCUCUUGAAGGAGACCAUUAGAGGCAAUUGGGAUCUUCAUGGGUAAUAAUAAUAGUUAAUUAAUUAAUAAAUGAUAAUAAACCGCAUAAAUAUCUCCUAUGGAUUAAUUAUAAUUAUUUUUCUAUCCAUUUCUUCUCUUUUCAGAUAUAUUGUUUCAGACUGUGACUCAAUUGAAGUUUUGGUAGAUAAUGCACACUAUCUACAAGACACAAAUGAAGAUGCUGUUGCUCAAACUCUCAAAGCAGGUAAAUUUUUGUACCUUUCUUCAGUCACUUCUUCUGGGUACAACUUUUUUUGCUUUCUUAUCAAACCCCAUGAAUCAAAUUUUGAAGUUCUUCAAUGUAAAUUUUCAGGGUUGGAUUUAGAUUGUGGUAAGUUCUACCCAGAAUACACAGAAGGCUCAGUAAGGCAAGGGAAAGUUGGAGUGAAAGACAUUGACAAAUCUCUAAACUAUCUCUAUGUUGUUCUAAUGAGACUUGGGUUCUUUGAUGGAAGCCCUGGUUUCCAAUCACUUGGAAAACCAGAUAUUUGCUCUGAUGAACACAUUGAAUUGGCCACUGAAGCUGCUAGACAAGGAAUGGUUUUGCUCAAGAACGAUAAUGACACUUUGCCUCUUGAUCCUUCUACUUUCAAAACCCUAGCUGUUGUUGGACCCCACGCUAAUGCCACUUCUGUCAUGCUUGGCAACUAUGCAGGUCAAAUUAUAAGCCCAAAACUCUACUCUUUCCCCCUUAACUCAAUGUUCUUCAAUCAAAUAUGAGAUUUAUCCUAAUCCCAUUAACUUAAAAAAACAUCUGAAUUUAGUAACAGUCUAAGAGCCGGUUUAGAUUGAAUUUAGAAG